CUUCCCGGGGAAGGGCCGUAGUGCGCCUGCGUGCGACGGCGGAGGAGGCGGUGGGAUGGGGCUUCGUGGGGCGUGGCGUGCGCGUGCAGUCGCGGGGAGCCGCCCGCCGAGCGCUGACCCCGACUCCUUCCCCGUCCCGCCGGGUUCCGCCAUAGCACCGCGCGACCAUGUCCAAGUCGCUGAAGAAGAUCGUGGAGGAGAGCAGGGAGAAGAACCAGCCCGAGGUGGACAUGUGUGACCGCGGCAUCUCCAACAUGCUGGACGUGCCCGGCCUCUUUACAUUGUCUCAUAUCACACAGCUGGUUCUGAGUCACAACAAGCUUACCACUGUGCCAGCAAACAUCGCAGACCUGAGAAACAUAGAAGUGCUCAACUUUUUCAACAACCAGAUUGAGGAGCUGCCUACACAGAUUAGCAGCCUUCAGAAGCUCAAACACCUGAAUCUUGGCAUGAACAGGUUAAACACCUUGCCAAGGGGAUUUGGCUCUUUACCAGCUCUGGAGGUUCUUGACUUGACUUACAACAACUUAAAUGAAAGUUCUCUACCAGGAAACUUCUUCUAUCUGACCACCCUGCGUGCACUCUAUCUAAGUGACAACGAUUUUGAAAUCCUGCCGCCAGAUAUUGGGAAGCUCACAAAGUUGCAGAUACUGAGUCUUAGAGACAAUGACCUGAUAUCGCUGCCUAAAGAAAUCGGUGAGCUCACUCAGCUUAAGGAACUUCAUAUCCAGGGAAAUCGUCUUACUGUGCUGCCCCCAGAACUAGGUAAUUUGGAUUUGACUGGUCAAAAGCAAGUCUUCAAAGCAGAGAACAAUCCUUGGGUUACCCCUAUUGCUGACCAGUUCCAGCUGGGAGUAUCUCAUGUUUUUGAAUACAUUCGUUCAGAAACAUAUAAGUAUCUUUAUGGCAGACACAUGCAGGCAAACCCUGAACCUCCAAAGAAGAACAAUGAUAAGUCAAAGAAGAUCAGCCGUAAGCCUCUGGCAGCCAAGAACAAAUAAGUCUCUGGCUUCUGCCUCUGUUUUUAUAUCUUUUACAUUGCUUUUGCAUGUGCCUAUAAUAUUUCUGUGCAUCUCCUGUUACUCAUAAGAAAGCAGACACAAGAGAUAAAAGCAAUUUACUAUGUAUACAGCUUUAGAAGAUACUGCUUAAGGAAUACAAAAUUACAUAUUCUCCUAAUUAUGGUCACAUUUAAGUAGCCACUUAAUGUAUCACUGUCAAACACAUUUUAGCUUUUCUAUUUAUAUGUAUAUGAAUGUCAUCUCUUCACAUGUAUCACAUCCUGUUAAUAUCAUUUUUUUUCACCUAUAUUAUACAAUAUUAAAUUUCGUAUAAUAUUCCAAGUGAUUUUAAUAAAGGUCUUUAUUUGUAUUG